AUGUCGACCAAACGAAAAGAUUUGACAAUAAAAGAAAAAAAAAAGUUGGAUAAAUGUUCUCAAAGAGAAGCUGCAUUAGCUCUAAAAAUUCCCCAACCAACGUUAAACAACAUUUUAAAAAAUCGUGAGGAAAUUGUUAUACACGAAGAACAAAAUUUACACAUUCCUCGAAAACGAAAACGAAAUGAACAAAAUGCCGAUGUAGAAGAAUCUUUGUUACGAUGGUUUCAACAAGCUAGACAUUUAAACGUACCGGUCAGUAAUUCUAUUUCAUUUGAAAAAUCUAUAAAUUUAGCUUUACAAUUAGGCGAAUUUUAG